AUGAGGCUCGUCUCUAACCUAGGGCCAAUAUCCUGCUUUCCUGUUGGCAUUCGCUGUCGUCCCCCCUCGCCACCCGCCUUUGCAGGGUACGACGGCGGUGACUGCUGCGAGUGCACUUGCCAGACUCAAAGCGACGACGACUUCUACUAUCCGGAGAAUUGUGAUGCGGACUACAUGGCCUGCGUCGACCCAGACGCCUCUUGCGUCGACGAUGACGACGUUACUGUUGAAAUGGUGGAGAACUGUGAAUACGUCCACGAUAUCGGGGACGGUUACUGCGACGACGGGAACAACAAAGCAGAGUGCGGUACGUGGGUCCGGGAAUAG